CCUGUUUAUACGGAAAGUGCCAUUCAGAAAGCUUGCCAGGGAGAAGGGAGUUGCACCCUCAGCCUCAGAAGGAAGACGUUGAGCAACUUAAUUUGGGAGAAAAAGAAAAAGAGCGUGUGUGUUGAGAGCGCGCGGGCGGCCCGAUCCUCGGCGGCGGCGGCGACGGCGGGCGGAGGCGCUGACACCUCCCACCAUGGACAGCUUCGACUUAGCCCUGCUCCAGGAAUGGGACCUCGAGUCGCUGUGGGGUGAAGACAUCCUAAACCAGAGGAAUGACUCUCUAGUUGUGGAGUUUCAGUCGUCAGCCAGCAGAUGCAGGAGUGUCUACGAACCAGAUAGAAACGUGUUACGGAGGAAAGAACGAGAAAGAAGAAACCAGGAAGCUCAGCAGGACGAUGGCACAUUUAAUUCGAGUUACUCCCUCUUUAGUGAACCCUACAAGACUAACAAGGGGGAUGAGCUCUCCAACCGGCUCCAGAAUACUUUAGGCAAUUACGAUGAAAUGAAAGACUUUCUCACGGAUCGAUCAAACCAGAGUCAUCUUGUGGGUGUUCCCAAACCUGGGGUUCCUCAGGCUCCCGUGACCAAGAUUGAUGAACAUUUUGUGGCAGAUUCAAGAACCCAGACUCAACCAGCAUCCGUCUGCAGCACCACAUCCGCCCCAGCAGCCAUGCCCGGGCAGCAGAGUAAACGGGGCACCGUGGGCUGGCAGAAGGCUGGGCACCCGCCGUCCGAUGGCCAACAGAGAGCAACACAACAGGGCGCUCUCAGGACCUUGCUUGGCGAUGGCGUUGGCAGACAGCAGCCGCGGACCAAACAAGUGUGCAAUGUCGAGGUGGGUCUCCAGACCCAGGACAGGCCCCCCGCCAUGGGAGCCAAGCAUAGCAGCAGUGGCCACUGCGUGCAGAACUUUCCUCCCUCCCUGGCUUCGAAACCCAGCCUCGUCCAGCAGAAGCCUACCGCCUAUGUGCGGCCCAUGGAUGGCCAGGAUCAGGCGCCUGAUGAGUCUCCGAAGCUGAAGUCGUCUACAGAGACUGGCGUGCAUUGCUUGUACAGGGGCGUCCCGGCUGCCAAGUCAGAGUCAGCCAGAGCCAAGGCCAAACUCUCCAAGUUCAGCAUCCCCAAACAAGGAGAGGAGAGUCGAUCUGGAGAAACGAACAGCUGUGUUGAAGAAAUCAUUCGGGAGAUGACCUGGCCUCCACCGCUUGCUGCUAUUCAACCACCUGGCAAAGUGGAACCAAGCAAGUUUCCAUUUCCAAAUAAGGACUCUCAGCUUGCCUCCUCUGGACACAAUAAUCCAAAGAAAGGUGAUGCCGAGCCAGAGAGUCCAGACAAUUGCACAUCGAAUACAUCAAUGCUAGAGGAUGACCUUAAGCUAAGCAGCGAUGAAGAGGAGAAUGAACAGCAGGCAGCCCAGAGAACGGCCCUCCACGCUCUGUCUGACAGUGCCGGACUCCAGCCGGCCGACUGCAGGGCCUCCGCGCCCUCGAGCAAGGGCAGCAGCAGCGGCAGCAGCAGCAGCGGCAGCAGUUCCUCCAGCGACUCGGAGACCAGCUCGGGGUCCGACUCGGAGACGGAGAGCAGUUCCAGCGAGAGCGAGGGCAGCAAGCCUGCCCACUACUCCAGUCCCGAGGCGGAACCAGCGUCCUCUAACAAAUGGCAGCUGGAUAAAUGGCUAAACAAAGUGAAUCACCACAAGCCCCCUGUCCUGAUCCAAAAUGAAAGCCACCACGGGCCGGAGAGCAGUGAGUACUACACCCCAGUGAAGGAGGACACGCAGGACUGCGGGAAGCUCCCCGACGUCUGCCCGCCCGGCCUGAGAGACAAGGACAUCAAGGGCGCCUGCAAGGAGGAGCAGAGGCCGAGGACCGCGAACAAGGCCCCGGGCAGCAAGGGGGUGAAGCAGAAGUCCCCGCCCGCGGCCGUGGCCGUGGCCGUGACCGCCGCCGCCGCCGCCCCGCCGCCCGCGGUGCCUGGCGCGCCCGCCGAGAGCGCGCCCGCGCCUGCCCGGAGGUCCGCGGGCAAGAAGCCCGCCAGGCGCACCGAGAGGACCUCGGCCGGCGACAGCGGCCCCCGGCCCGAGGAGCCCGUGGCUGCCGAGGCGCUGGGGGCGAGCGCGGGGCUUCCCCCGGAGCCCCCCAAGCCCCGGCCUUGCGGCAACAGCAGGACCAACCACCGCAAGGAGCUGCGCUCGGCCGUGACCUGCGAGAAGCGCCGCACGCGGGGGCUGAGCCGGAUCGUCCCGAAAUCCAAGGAGUUCAUCGAGACGGAGUCGUCCUCUUCGUCCUCCUCCUCGGACUCGGACCUGGAGUCGGAGCAGGAGGACUACCCUCUGUCCAAGGCCGUGGCCGCCGCCGCCGCCGCCGCCUCCGGGAACGACCCGAGGCUGAAGGAGGCUCCCAGCAGCAUCAGCGGCGGCGGCCCCCGCGCUCCCGUGGGCUCCAUCAACGCCAGGACCACCAGCGACAUUGCCAAGGAGCUGGAGGAGCAGUUCUACACACUGGUCCCCUUCGGCCGCAACGAGCUUCUCUCCCCGUUGAAGGACAGUGACGAGGUCCGGUCACUCUGGGUCAAAAUUGACCUGACACUUCUGUCCAGGAUCCCUGAACACCUGCCCCAGGAGCCGGGGGUCUUGAGUGCUCCCGCGGCCAAGGACUCUGAGAGCGCGCCCCCGAGCCACGCAUCCGAGGCGCCCGUGGAAAAGACCUUGCCAAAAUCCAAGAGGAAACGCAAGUGUGACAACGAAGACGACUACCGGGAGAUCAAGAAGGCCCCGGGAGAGAGGGAGAGCGCCUCACGACUGACCGCCUCUGCCAACAGUGCUUUGCCCGCAAAUCAUUGCAGCAUGAACAUCAACAGCUUGGCAAUACCAAUAAAUAAAAAUGAAAAAAUGCUCCGGUCGCCCAUCUCACCCCUCUCCGACGCAUCUAAACACAAAUUCUCCGGCGAGGACUUAACUUCCUCCAGCAGAUCCAACAGCAACGGUCUGUUCACUUCCACCUCCUCCAACAAAAAGCAUAAGGUGGAGAGCCAGCUGCAGACCCACGCCGCGGACCUCACGAAAGCGGCUCACAACAAUUCCGAAAGCAUUCUCCACAAGUCACGGCCGCAAACAGAGCCCUGGUCUCCAGGCGCCAACGGCCACCGGGACUGCAAGAGGCAGAAACUCAUCUUCGAUGAUAUGCCACGGAGUGCAGAUUAUUUUAUGCAAGAAGCUAAGCGAAUGAAGCAUAAAGCAGAUGCGAUGGUGGAAAAGUUUGGAAAGGCUCUGAACUAUGCAGAAGCAGCCUUGUCAUUCAUUGAGUGUGGAAAUGCCAUGGAACAGGGCCCCAUGGAGUCCAAAUCUCCUUACACCAUGUAUUCAGAGACAGUUGAGCUCAUCAGGUAUGCCAUGAGACUAAAAACCCACUCCAGCCCCAACGCCACACCAGAGGAUAAACAGCUGGCUGCAUUAUGUUACCGAUGCCUGGCUCUUCUGUACUGGCGGAUGUUUCGACUCAAAAGGGAUCACGCUGUGAAGUAUUCAAAAGCACUUAUCGACUAUUUCAAGAAUUCAUCUAAAGCUGCCCAAGCCCCAUCUCCAUGGGGGGCCAGUGGAAAGAGCACUGGAACCCCAUCCCCCAUGUCUCCCAACCCGUCCCCCACCGGCUCCGUGGGCUCUCAGGGGAGCCUGUCCAACGCCAGCGCCCUGUCCCCAUCAACCAUCGUCAGCAUCCCACAGCGCAUCCACCAGAUGGCAGCCAACCACGUCAGCAUCACCAACAGCAUCCUGCACAGCUACGACUACUGGGAGAUGGCGGACAACCUGGCCAAGGAGAACAGAGAAUUCUUCAACGACCUGGACCUGCUCAUGGGGCCGGUCACGCUGCACAGCAGCAUGGAGCACCUGGUCCAGUACUCCCAGCAGGGCCUGCACUGGCUGCGGAACAGCGCCCACCUGGCCUGAAGGCCGCCCCGGCCGCGGCGGGCGCAUCUCCAGGACGGCCCAGCGCUUCUGGACACUGUGCUCCCCACCUUCCCGGCCGCAGCGUUUCUCGAGAGGCGGUGAAUAUUUUUCAGCAUCGAACAGCAGUCUGUUCUCCCAGGGCGUGUGUGUUUGUGUGUGUGGGUGUGGAAUAAGCUGCCGGUGGAGGUGUGUAAGACACAACAGUUCUCUAGAACACAUCUCCUUUGUCUAGCUUCCAGCAUCCCAGGCUAGACAAAGUGAUCUGACGUUUCUGAUUAGAGAAAACACACUCACUCACACACACACACACACACAUUUUCUAGUUCAAAGCUCAACCGUGACUUCUUAGAAUAUUCAACCAAAAUCUCAUGGGUUAGUGAACCAGGUGCAAUAGAGCACACCAAAAGCUUGACUGCCAGUUAAGAUGAACCCAGCUCUUAUACUAUUGAUUCCUUUCAGUAUUAAUAUACUUUUCUCCCAUUAUUUUUUUAUUGUCUGUAUUAAUGGGUUUUUGAAUAAUGAAAAUAAGUCAGUUAUUUUUGUGCUGGACGUUUACUAGAUUGCAUGUUACCAAAUACCCUGCUUUUUGUCUAGUCCCUUCCCUCCUCCAUCCAAUUCUCUAUCUAACUCUGCUAUUAACUAAACGUGUUAGACGCAAAUGAGUCGACUCCCAUGGGCCUUCCCUGCCCCCCAAAAUAGGAUGACCAUGUCCCUGACCCUGAGAUUUGGUGGGGAAUAAAAAAAAACAAAAAAACUCUGUGUCUUUGAAAACGCACCCACAUGGAAGCAGCAGCAGCUGUGUCCCCGGGCUCGGCGAGGAACUGACCCCCGCACAUGCCAGGAGCCCCCCGGCACGUGUGUUCCUUCCUCCCGCCACUGUGACCCCAGGGGCUGUGCAGCCCCGUGGGUUUGUCAGCCGAUACUUUUCAACAAGUCUUUUCUUUCCGUUGAGAGCUUUCUUACCCAUGUUCUUGGCCAAAUGAGGACAUUGUCUCGGAUGUCCCUUCCCUCGGAAUCUGUCUGUUGCUUUGUCAGGCCAAGAACUGUUUGCUGCCAUGAUUCUGUCUAAUCCUGUCUUUGGACAAAGUGCCGUGCAGACCUUGAAUGCAUUUUUGACCUGGGGGGAUGUAUGUCAGGGUCUGAUGAGCAGGUUGCCCACCACAGAGCAGGUGAUCCCUGUAGUGAUUGCGGUUCUGUCUGGGGUAGCAGCGACCCGAACAUCAUGCUUAAGCCCCCGUGCAUCUGGUACGUGUAUGUCUUCCCCCGAUUCUUUUUUGUUUUGUUUAAUUAAGUUUACAUUUUAGUUUUUUCAACAUUUUGUUUACAGUGUUUGUCUGAAAUUUCUUUUGUUGUCUGAAAUUUAUUUCUUUUAUUGUCUCUUGUCAUAUCCUAGAUUUAGUGUUCCUGUUAAAUAUAUUUGAAUACAAAGAUAUUGGUAAAAAAGAAAAACUCCUGGAAAGGAGGAUAUACCUUGUCAUGCUUUAAAAACAAAAAUAAUGACCUUGAUGCCUCUCACUUGACAAAAUUACCCCAUGACAGCCUGAGAAAGACAGAUGAUGGGGUACAUGGAAUAAUCCAUUUUUCAAGGUGGUGGUAAUGUAAAACAUUUAUAUCAGAUGCUAAUGGUCUCACUGGUUUGGUUGCAAUGUUAACAUUUUCAUCAGCCUGAUCUGUGGGUGGGAAAUCAGAUUGCUGUAAUCCCCUAGCUCUAAGCACUGAUUCAAAACUGUGCAAGUGAUUGAACAGCUUUGGCGAUUUGAAAUUCAUUCAAUGAACAAGUGAAGGCUUUGUGAAAUUUGUAUUUGGUGUUGGCCUUUAAGCAGCUGGAAAUAUUAACAAUACUUCUUUUUUCACAUUUAUCCAACUGCGGUGCUUCUGACAUUCCUUUCAGUAAUUAUUACUAAAUCUCCCCUUCCCAUUGGGGUCUCACUUAAGACAUUUUUGUUUUUGUUUGUUUCUUUUUUUUUUUUUUUGGAGGACUGAGGCUUAGCUCUACUCACUGUUGCUGAAUUCUGAUGAAAUGUUCAGACUCUCACAUAAAAGGACGGCCCCCCAGUGUCCCUCGGGCAUCCCUGGGUGCCUUUCUGAUCUUAUCCACCGUUAAGCCCUAGGCCCCAUGGUGGCGUCCACGUGGUGUGCUCACAUGUAACAGGCUGUCUCUGGCUGGUUGUGCCCCAGCACUGUAUCAGAACGCCGUGAGCCACGGUCGUUUCCAACAAAACGUGAAACCAGUUAACUGGGGGCAGUCACAGCAUGCCGUUCUUCUCUGUCUCAUUUCAUUGGUGGAGCAUGUCGGGGCAGUGGUUGUUCCUUGCUUUGGCAUCAGUGCUUUUGAUAAGGAAGCAUCUUCUUCUGAUCAUUGCUGGUCCCUUUUCUUUAGUUUUGUUCAAAGUAAAAAUAGCUUUCUUGUGUUUUCUGAUUAUGAAACUAACAGACAGUCAUGGUGAAAAUUCAAACAAUACAGACAAGUGUAAAGUAGGAAGUACCCAGAGACAGCACUGCUCACCCUUCCCUGUAUAUCCUUCGGGAGAGUCUCCCAUUUAAAUGUAGAAUGUCUAUCAUCAUUUCCUUCUAUUUGAAGACAUUAUUUCUUCAGAAGUUCAGUACAAGUUCAACUGGCCUUAUCCCUCCAUGACCUGAAUGGACCUGGAUCACAAUUGUUAGAAAUAUCUUUGAAAGAGAGGAACCCAAAUAUAUUCAUGAUUAAAGUGUGGGAUUUGUUACAAUUCGACACAGAUCAGACUUACAUGCAGAGUUGUGCUUGGGAAGAGAGGUUCGGUUAAAACGUUAUUUCUGGAAACUUUCAAAUUGCAAACGGAAAGUCGGACCCACUGUCUAAAGAGAAAUGUACUGGAAAAAAAAAUCUGAAAAGUUGACAAACUGUGUAUUGGAUUGAACAUGUGGAAUCAACGCAGUGAGCUUUUCUGCACUAAAACGUACCCUCGUAUCUACAACAAAGAUGUGUGUAUUACAUAACAGUGAUGUGUACAUUUCUGACAUCCCAUACAUAAUAUACACAGUUUGUAUAAAUGCAUACAUUUAAAAAUAUAUAUGUACAGUACAGCUACCAUAAAACUGUAGUACGCUUGAAGGAUAUGACCAGUGCCUAAUGUUGAGUAUAAGUCACUGCGUGUUUAAAUCACCUCGGAAGUGCAGUAAUUGUUAUCAGAUUAAUCAGUGCAGCCAACCUUAUUUAUGAACCACAUCUUUGAAACUGUGCAGUAGUAUAUACAUAUAUAUUUUUAAAUAACAUUUUUCACAGUUUUCCAGAGUUACUGUUGAAAUCUGUAUCACCAAAAAAAAAAAAAAAAAAAGCAAGAUUUUUUUUAAUGAUGUAGACACUCUCCAAACCCAGUAAUCUGUGUGUGAUUUCCUGUUUGUAGAUACCCAAGACACUUUAGAGUCACCAGCCUUAAUGCAUGUACAGGAUAUUAUUGUGACUUAAUUUAUCUGCAGUUUUUAAUCCAUGUGAAAUUGGAAUUUAUAAACUGACUUGGAUUAACUAUGUCUGCCUUUCUAAGGUUGCAAAUGUUACAUUAAAUGAUUUAUGUUGUAAAUGAGAGACAUCGAGUUGUACGUAAAAAAAGAAAAAAUGUCCACCAAUUUCUGUGAAUAUUUUUACAAGGAAACUUCAGACUCAAAAUAUAUUCAAAUAAGCAUUCUGGUCCCCAGUUCAUAAUCUCUUUAGAAUGGACCUUGUAGUUUCAUAAAAAUGUUUAAAUGAUGCUUCCAAUAUAUUAUCAUUACUAAGUCUGAUAUUUUUCAUGGGGGAAAAAGGUAAUGUUUUCAUUAUUGGAAGUAUAGUUUGCUACUUGUCUUUGCCAUUUCCCAGCAUAUUUAUACACAUGUGUGUGAGAACACACGCACAGUGUCCCAGACAAUGCUCAAUAGGAAGCUUAAGGGGUUAUUUUGAUAGCUACACUGAUGCCUGUCCAACCAGCAGCCCCAGGACACCGUUUUACUCAACAUUCCAUAAUGACAGAAGUUAAUUCCCUCACUUGUGUCUACCACGUUUUUCCAACUCUAACCAACAUGGUGGAAUAAUGUCAGCAUUAUUGAGUGAAAUGAGAGAAUUUUGAACUACCAAAGACAGAGAUAUUAGACCAGUGGCUUCCCAUAAUACAUAUCUCCUCCAUGUGAGAGCAUUUUUUAUUAGCCUCAUAUUUUUUUACUCUUCUUUCUCCCCUUUUUCAUUCCUCUCCUCCCCAAAUUAAACUAAAUAGAAGCAGAAACAGUAACAGAAGUAAAACAAUUACUUCACUUUGCCCAGCCUAUAUCUUUAUAUUCAAAUACGACAGCAGAACCCUAGCUCUGGUCACCAUGAAGACCACCUCAUCUCAAAGAUGACCAGAGUGGGGUUCUUGGCUUUGCUUGCUCCAGAGACUAUUGAACUUGGCACUCUUUCAGAGGUGGUUUGGGCUAAGAAAUGUCCAAUAGUCUUUCAAGAACUAUCUUCCCCUUAUGCAGUUUAGCCUACUACUCAGCUGAACUCUGUUCCCAUCAGAAUCCUGUUUUUAAGAAGUGGUGGCCCAGAAGGUAAAGAAUCUACCUGCAAUGCAGGGGACCAGGUUUGACUCCUGGGUCGGGAAGAUCCCCUGGAGAAGGAAAUGGCAACCCACUCCAGUAUUCUUGCCUGGAGAAUCCCAUGGACAGAGGAGCCUGGAGGGCUACAAUCCAUGGGGUCGCAGAGAAUCGGACACAACUGAGCAACUGACAUUUCACUGAAUCAACUGGAGUCUUAAGAGAUCUUUUUUUUAAUGAAAGAGAAGAAAAAAAAAAAAAAAAAACCAACAACAUAAACUGCAUUUCCAGCAAUCUGGAGCCAGAGUUUAUUUCCUUGUCUUCCCAUUCCCAGAAGAGCACAGUUUUUCAACAUUACAAACUUCCUAACAAAUAGCACAAGAAAUGUUCAGACUUCUGAGAUGCGUGUUCUCUUUGUUCAAACUGAAUCCUUCUGUAUGUCAUCAGAUGGGUUUGUUUGCUUGGCAUAAGGGAAAUUAUAAAACUCUGUUCUCAAAUGAAACA